CGGGACAGCGGGAAGAAGCCGGUGAUGCUCUUCCUCCACGGCGGCUCCUACAUGGAGGGGACGGGGAACAUGUUUGAUGGCAGCGUGUUGGCGGCCUACGGCAACGUCAUCGUCGUCACCAUGAACUACCGCCUGGGCGUCCUCGGCUUCCUGAGCACGGGGGACCAGGCAGCAAAGGGCAACUACGGGCUCCUGGACCAGAUCCAGGCGCUGCGGUGGCUCAACGAGAAUGUGGGGCACUUUGGGGGUGACCCCCAGCGCAUCACCAUCUUUGGCUCCGGCGCCGGCGCCGCCUGCGUCAGCCUCCUCAUCCUCUCCCACCACUCUGAAGGUCUCUUCCAGAAGGCCAUCGCACAGAGCGGGACAGCCAUCUCCAGCUGGUCGGUGAACUACCAGCCGCUGAAGUACACGCGGCUGCUGGCGGCCAAGGUGGGCUGUGAACGGGCGGACACGGGGGCGGCGGUGGAGUGCCUGCGACGUCAACCCUUCCGCGCCUUGGUGGACCAGGAUGUCCAACCCGCCCGCUACCACGUGGCCUUCGGGCCGGUGGUGGACGGCGACGUGGUGCCUGAUGACCCUGAGAUCCUAAUGCAACAGGGCGAGUUCCUCAACUAUGACAUCCUCAUUGGCGUCAACCAGGGCGAGGGGUUGAAGUUCGUGGAGGACUCGCUGGAGAGCGAGGACGGCAUCUCUGCUUCCUACUUUGACUUCACCGUCUCCAACUUCGUGGACAAUCUCUACGGUUACCCCGAGGGGAAGGACAUCCUACGGGAGACCAUCAAGUUCAUGUACACGGAUUGGGCCGACCGGGACAAUGGGGAGAUGAGGCGUAAGACGUUGCUGGCCCUCUUCACCGACCACCAAUGGGUGGCCCCGGCGGUGGCCACGGCCAAGCUCCACGCCGAGUACCAGUCGCCCGUCUACUUCUACACCUUCUACCACCACUGCCAGACGGACGCACGGCCCGAGUGGGCAGACGCGGCCCACGGGGACGAGAUCCCCUACGUCUUCGGGGUGCCCAUGGUGGGCGCCACCGACCUCUUCCCCUGCAACUUCUCCAAGAACGACGUGAUGCUCAGCGCCGUUGUCAUGACCUAUUGGACCAACUUUGCCAAGACCGG